ACAGAUAAAAAUUAUGCUCGUAAUGUCGAAUUAAUUAUGCCAAAAAUUAUGCAAACACAAUCAGUAUCAAGGCCUGCAACCGCAAUUUGCAAAUCAACACAUGACACAUGUCUUUCAGGUCCUCCGGGUCCCCCCGGUCCACCGGGGCCGAGAGGAGAGAAGGGAGAUCGGGGACGAAAAGGAAAGAAGGGAACACGAGGGACCAAAGGAGAUAAAGGUAUUAUAGGAUCACCAGGAAAACGCGGGAAGCAAGGCAUCGUGGGACCUGCAGGACCCAAAGGUGACCUAGGACUCAAAGGGCAAAAAGGAGACACAGGGCCCGCUGGCAUGCCGGGAACGAAAGGAGAGCCUGGUGAAUCGAUUUCAGUUCCUGUUGUUGCUGUUUCCCCAACAAACUUGACAGUCAACGAAAGUGGAACAGCUUCAUUUCAGUGUUCAGUCAGCGGUAAUCCUGUGCCUGCAGUAGUGUGGAGUAAAAGGGGUAACCUGUCUGAAGUAAGCAAGUCAGCGGUUUCAAAAGGCAGAUUGCUUUUAAAGAAUGUAAAAGCAAAUGACUCGGGUGAAUAUCAAUGCUCAGCAACAAACAUCUUAGGACAUGCGCAAACACUAGUGCAGCUUGUUGUAAAUGGUGAGUUGCAAUAAAAUAUCAUCUGGUAAAGUUUUACUCCAAAAGAUGACGAGUACACUUAUCACGUCAUUCACUUGGACUUGACAGUUUGCUUCUAUCUUUCUCUUAAGCCUAAAUUCCUUUCUUUUGUUUCUUUUGUUAGUUUGUUUUUUUGUUUCGGCUCCAAACUUCCUCAGAUCAUGGGGCAAACAGUAAUAACAAACACUUUUGCCAAAGGAAACAGAACGGCAGCAAUUAUCGCAUGCAAAAACUUUAAAAAAUAGUGACCACUCGAAAAGAAGAAAUUCGAAGUAUCUUAGCAAGAGUACGUUCUAACUUAUGACCUUCUUCUCUCCGUGUUACUAGUGCAGAUGCUCUACCACUGAGCUACCAAAAACUCAUAAAAUGGACGUAAAGUAGGCGUUGCUUCUACUUCUAAUUUCGACCUACAGAAUUAGAUUUUUGAAAAUAUGUUCAAACGUCAUCACACUAACCCCAACUAUUUAUUUAAGUUCAUAUUUUCAUUUAAACGUUCUAUUUGACAGCAGUUAAUUUCUUUGCAUUCUUGCAGUUCAUCCUCGAGUUUUCCUCCAUCCAGGGCCUCAUUACGCUAUUGAAGGCAGCAACUUCACUCUUCCCCCAUGUCACGUGACUGGUUACCCAGCACCAGUGGUCAGUUGGAGAAAAGCAUCCGGUCAGUUGCCGCAUGAGAGGCUGAAGUACAACAACAGUAGCAUUCAACUUUUAAAUGCUCAAAAAAUAGAUUCUGACUUGUAUCUCUGUUCAGCAACAAAUCUGCUUGGACGUUUUGAAAGAAAAACAUUUAUAGUGGUUGUUUCACAUCCUCGAUUUACUGUUAAGCCACCUGUGAGCACUUCUGCAGCGCCCGGAUCCACCUUGACACUGAAUUGUAGCGCAACUGGUGACCCACAACCACUUAUUAGCUGGAGGAAACAAGGAGGUCAUCUGCCCGUUGGCAGGAACCAGCAGAUUAAUGGCGCGUUAGUGAUAAGAGACAUUACAAAGAACGACGCAGGCUAUUACAUAUGUACCGCAACCAGCGCAGGUGUGUUUGAUGUGGAAACUCUGACUCACAUUCAAGUUUAUCCACCAAGAGGUCAGUUAUGGAUAAAGCUUAAAGACCGUAAAUUAUAAAAGUGUAACGGCCAAUGCUAUUGUGUUAAAAUAAGCUUAAGAGAGGCAGAAGUGCGAGAACUCACUUAAUUUAGUCCUUACCGGCUUGUAUUUUGAAAAGACAUUACAGAGACAAAAAAAGGUGCAGGUGAAAAUAUAUGUACCGUAACUAGCGCAGGAGUGUUUGACGAAGAAACCAUGACUCCCAUUUAUUCAUUAAGAGCUCAUGCAGUUAUAAAUAGAGAUUUUAAGCGCCUCAACUGAUAUAUACAACUGCCAAUGUUACGUUGCUGCUAUCAUGUUUAAGUUACCGGGGUUUUCAAGGGACGACGCUUGUACCCCUCGAUCAGCAGCUAGCCUUUCAGCCCUUCAUCACACUGUUGAUUAUAUUUCAAGAACUGAUCUGAUCUUCAAAAUAUGAAACGUGACUCAGCUUUGAAUAUGUAUUAAAGCGCAUUAUUUCAAUCUUGACUAUCAAGAUAGAGAUAGAGAAUCCUAUGGUCCUAAUAGAAAUUUACUCGAUAGACGUUUUUCAUUCUGUUAUAAGUCAAAAAUGUUUAUCGCUGCUAAAAUAAAGCCGUUACUGUUGUUUAUUCUCUACAGAUUGCUCUGAUUUGUUAAAAUCAGGCCAUACUCAGAGUGGAGUGUACUCUGUGAACCCAGACGGUAAAGGAUCUUUCAAUGUAUAUUGUGACAUGCGCACUGAUGGUGGAGGAUGGACCGUGUUCCAGAGAAGACAGGAUGGCUCGGUGGACUUCUAUCGCGGCUGGAACGAUUACAAAUCAGGCUUUGGUCAGCUGACGGCUGAGUUCUGGUUAGGAAACGACAAGAUCCACAGGCUGACGGCCGCUAGACCCAACUCUCUACGAGUAGAGCUAGAGGACUGGAACGGAGUAAGAGCUUAUGCUAAAUAUGGCAAGUUUAACAUUGGUGAUGAGCAGGCGAAGUAUCGACUUCAAGUGGGUUCAUAUUCAGGAACGGCGGGAGAUUCGUUAACAACACGCCAUAAUUACAUGGCGUUUAGCACAAAAGACAGAGAUAAUGACGGAGCUGGUAGUUUUGACUGUGCUCAGGAAAACAGAGGUGCCUGGUGGUACGGUAAAUGCCACCACUCCAACUUAAACGGACAGUAUCUGGGAAACACAAGAGUUAGUGCAAAAGGCAUUAGGUGGUGGUCUUUUAGGAGAGCUUUAUCGCUAAAAUUCACUGAGAUGAAGUUGAGGUCGUCAUCGUAA